AUGGCGUUCAUGCGGUACUACCGUGCGCUGCCGGAGGGGGAGACGACGGUGGAGGAGUUCAGGGCGUGGCUGAGCCAGUUCGACGCGGACGGCGACGGCCGGAUCAGCCGGGAGGAGCUGGAGCGGGCGCUGCGCAGCCUCAACCUGUGGUUCGUGUGGUGGAAAGCGCGGGAGGCGGUGCGCGCGGCCGACGCCAACCGCAACGGCGCGGUGGACGGCGACGAGAUGGGCAGGCUCUACGCGUUCGCGCACAAGCACCUCCAUCUCAAGAUGAGCCAGCUGGACCUGGACCUGGAGUAG